GCAGCUGACUAGCAUAAGAUCGCAUCCGCUGGUGGAAGCGGUUUUGUGCAGGCUAGUAGUGAGAAAGCCGCAACAUGGGGAACGAUAUGUGCAUGCUCUGUACGUUCUUACUAUGAAAUUCGUGUAUUUUUAUUUGAGAAAAUUCUAAAGCAACAACUAUCUGACAGGUUUUAGGACGAUGGAAAUUUAACGACGAUGAAAUUCUCUGCUUCGACCGCUAUAGACGUUGACACCAAGAAACAACUUGCUCAGGUUCUUCACCGGGAAUAAAGCUGUUCUCUGGGCAGGCUACACCGGCCUGCGCAGACUCUCCCAGCCAUGGCUCUGGUUACUUUGCAGCGCUCCCCUACCCCAAGCGCUGCAUCCACAGCCAGCACAACCACCACCAACGUGGGGGAGGACUUUGGGAGUGACGAUGAGCGCCGGCUAAAUCAGAGCCUGAGCGAGAGCUUCUUCAUGGUGAAGGGUGCCGCCCUCUUCCUGCAGCAGGGCAGCAGUCCUCAGGACCAGAAAGCACAUCCCCACCACAAACAUGCAGGAGACUUACCUCAGCACCUGCAGGUGAUGAUCAACAUUCUUCGCUCGGAGGACCGAAUCAAACUGGCGGUGCGGUUGGAGAGUGCCUGGUCAGACAGAGUGCGCUACAUGGUGGUGGUGUACACCAGCGGACGACAGGACACGGAGGAGAACAUCCUGCUGGGCAUAGACUUCAGCGACAAGGACAGUAAAAGCUGCUCCGUUGGCAUGGUGCUGCCUCUUUGGAGUGACACCAAGAUCCAUCUGGAUGGAGACGGGGGUUUCAGUGUGAACACAGUGAGCCGGAAUCAUGUCUUCAAACCUGUGUCUGUACAGGCCAUGUGGUCGGCUCUGCAGAUCCUCCACAAGGUGUGUGAGGUGUCCCGCAGAUACAACUACUUCCCCGGGGGCAUGGCCCUCACCUGGAUGGGUUACUAUGAGAGCUGCAUCGCCUCAGAGCAGAGCUGCAUCAACGAGUGGAAUGCCAUGAGAGACCUGGAGAUCUUGCGGCCUGACUCUCCCACCAUGUUUGUCGACAAGCCCACAGAAAGGGAACGGACAGAGUGCCUUAUCAAAGCCAAACUCCGUAGCAUCAUGAUGUUCCAGGACCUGGAGAACGUCACCUCUAAACAGAUCCGAACGGAGCUGGAGCAGCAUAUGAACUGUAACCUGAUGCAGUACAAGGAGUUCAUCGACAACGAGAUGCUGCUGAUCCUCGGCCAGAUGGACAAGGCAACGCUCAUAUUUGACCACCUCUAUCUGGGAUCUGAAUGGAAUGCCUCCAAUCUGGACGAGCUUAAGGACACUGGGGUGGGCUAUAUCCUCAACGUCACCAGGGAGAUAGAUAACUUCUUCCCAGGAACAUUCUCCUACCACAACAUACGGGUCUAUGACGAAGAGACUACAGACCUGCUGGCCCACUGGAACGAGACGUACAACUUCAUUGUUAAAGCAAAGAAGAACCACUCCAAGUGUCUGGUCCACUGUAAGAUGGGCGUCAGCCGCUCGGCCUCCACCGUUAUUGCUUACGCCAUGAAGGAGUAUGGUUGGUCGCUGGAGAAGGCAUACAACUUUGUCAAGCAGAAGAGGAGCAUCACACGGCCCAACACAGGCUUCAUGAGACAGCUGGCUGAGUACGAGGGCAUCCUGGACGCCAGUAAGCAGCGUCACAACAAGCUGUGGCGUCCUGACCGCCCCGACCCAGACUGUGACCUCCCUGAGGGCCAGCAGGCCCAGUGCUGUGGGGGGGAGGACCCAGGUAACCGGACCCCUGAGCCGGGGUUGUCCCCCUGCUAUGAGGAGGCUCUUGGGGAGAAGGGGGCUGCAUGUCCCCUUUCCCCCUGCAGGAUGAUCAGUCUGGAGGUGGACCCCGCCUACAACAACUACUACUUCCGCAGGCUGUCUGACUCGGCCCUGGACAGUGACCCCUCCACGCCUGUCCGCGCCCCGCACCUCCUGGACGUGGAGCGGGUCUUCAUAGAGAUAGAGGACGUGGAGCGGGACGCCCUGUUGGAUGACGAGGCCUUUGAGGGGCGAGAGGGCCUGCCGCUGCCACACUUUGGGCUGGCUGGGGAGGGGACGGCGGCCCAGACCUCUUGCCGAGGACAAGAGCCCCUGGAGGAGCUGCGCCUGCGUCUGGAGUUCAGCACCGUAGAGGAGGAGGACGAGGAGGAGGUUCAGAAAGAUGAGGCAGAGAUGGAGGCAUUAGCACCGCCAGGAGGAAGAGGGGAGAGUGCAGGAGAAGGUGAUGGUGAAGGAGAGGUGGAGAUGGUUCAGGAAGAGGAGGGAGAGAAGGAGGGCAAUGGGCUGGACCUGGUAACCCUGAACCAGAACUCCAACAAUAACAACCACUUUAAUACCCUGUCCAGACUCAAUGACACUGCUCCUUCCAAACCCGCUCACCCAGUCAAGCCUUCAGCCCUCUCUCGAUCAGACAACAAGCCCAGCCAUAAAAUGGAUUCACUAGCCCAGGACGCUGAUCACUGCCUUAACCCCACACCCCUCCCCAGUGUCUCUGUGGAGGUCCCCAGUGCCACGCUCCCUCUCCCCCCACCUCCCCCGACACACCCUGUUCCCCCAGCCUGCUGCACCCCUGUGGCCCUCUGUGUGACUGUGCCAACUGUGCUGCCCCGCCCUCUACACCUCUACCUGAUGCCCAGGACUCCCCCUGCUCUCUGA